AUGGAGGUGGCAGCCAGUUGCUGCCUCUAAGCCUAACCUACCCCACAGGGUUGUGAGGAUUAAAUGAGGAGGGAAUCCAUGGAACCCUCUUAAGCUCCUUGGAGGAUAAGGUGGGGUGUAAAUGACAUAAACAAAUGAGAUUCCUGGUCUCUCCAGCACUGAGAAAGUAGUAUUAAAAAAAGAGCAGGCCGUCUCCAUCCCCCUCCUGUCUCUGCUGGGGUUAUUCUUUAUUCCCCCACUCCCAUUGCCUUGUUCAACCUCCCCUCCCAUGUUUCUUCCCUCUCCUCCUAGGUUCUCUGUUGAGGAAAAUGAAGGAUCUGCAGGAGAAAGGGCCUCUCAUUGAGGAGAUCAGGGACCUGCUGCUUUCCCAAGGUAAGGAUCCCAGAGCAGGGUGGAGACUCUGGCGGCAACUGGGAGGGGGCUGCUUGUGGGUCUCCAGUGGACUUUGGCCCUUGAUUUCCUGAUUCUCACCAGGUGUGUUUCCUCUCCGCUGCCCCCCUCCUUCCUUCCUUCCCCCCCGUUUGGUGUGGCUGCAAGCGAGGAGCUCCGGCAGGCCGUCCUGAAGUGCAGCUUGCAGCAGGCCAGGGCCCGGGAGAUCCUUCAGGAGAAGCAGCAGAGGGAGGCUCGGUUCUGGCGUGUCAUCCAGGUAAGCUGUGUGAGAAGAGGAGGCUGAGCUCACGGUAGGGGCCUUCUCAGCUGCUAGCUGGCCACUGUCCCCGGGGGGCUCUUUUCCCAUGCGAGGGGAGGGGAAGGAGGCCUGUCCUCUUCUCCCUGCUGCCCACUCCCUGGGCAAAUGCAAACGUGCAGGAGAACCAGCCAGAUGGUGUAGGUUAGGGGGUAAACUCUAGCUCCAUGCCACCCCAAUCUCCAGGUGGUGCGAGAUUGCAGGGGUUCUGGGGGCUUUCCCUGGGUUUGGUGUCCUUGGAAUGAGGGGCGGCCUUCUGUUCUGACAGCAGCAACCCAGCUGCCCCAACAGAGAAUUCCCUAAGCAUUCAGGAGCUGAGCAGCAAGGCUCACCCCACUGGUUUUGCUGCUUGUGACCCUGGAGGUGGCUGACUUUCUCUGGUGUCCAGAAACAUGCUGUCUGUCUGCUUUCUUCUCUGCCUUUCCCUGGAAAUUGAGAGCAGCCCUGAAUGCCACGACCACCAACUGACCGAUUUCCUGGAUUGUGAGCUGCAGUGCCUGGCCAGUUACCCUCUGCUGCUGAGUAAGAUCAUCCAGCACACCAAUGGUAUAGCUCUCUUUCUCCAUGUCUUUGUGUGGUGGGGAGGGUGUCCCAGGAGAGCUGCUGCAUCUCUCCAUGAUUCCAUGUUGAUAUGCUUUCUAUCUUUGGGAGAUUGUGAGCUGCAUUGAGCCUGCCUUACUAGGGAAAGCCAGCACCCAAGAGGGUGAUGGGGGGGGGGAGACGAUGGUGUGUGUUUAUACAACCCCCGUCUGCUUGCAUUAGUGCCCCCUGAGGCUGUAGGGCAUAGGCCACUUUUUCCUACCAGCAAACAAGGAUCCAUUUGCCUUGUGCAUCUGGGCUGCUGCUGCUCAUCUGCCUUCCAGACCUGUUUGCUUUUAAAUGCAGCCUUGUUCCUAGUUUGUGCUGGGAGUUGCUUUAAAUAAAACCAACUUUGCAGGCAAUCUCUGUGCCCCACUCUCUCUCUUUGCACCUUCCUCGCUCAGAGUCAACCUAUGAGCACCAGUAUCUCUGCCUGGCCCGUGAUGAGGUCAAGGAGAUCCUGGAAAACAUCCAGGAUCGGCAGGCAGAGAACCACUGGCAGCUGCAAGUCUACCAACAGCGCCUGGAUGACCUAUCUCUGUGCAAGAGCAGCCAGCCACUGGCCAGGUAGUUCCAGGUAGAGCCUCCCCUUCACCCUCCCCUCCAAUCCCUGGCCUUGUCCCGCUCUUCCCCUCUGUGAAUUGCCGGCUUUUUUCUGCCCCUGCUGUGCAAAACCUUGACCUUAUGGAGCACCAGCUAAUCCAGGAGGGGCGUCUACAGCUGCGCAUCAGCAAAAAGAAGACUGUGGGUAAGUGGAAGAAAAAACCUCUCCUGCCAAGACACACCCACGUGUCCACUUUUGGAAUCAUAAUUCUUUUUUUGCAAAUAUGGGACAUUCUGUAAGAUGUCCAUUAUCAACAAUGUAAAUGACUUUAGCCAUUUUAUUUUAUUUCCUUACAUUUAUAUCCCACCUUUCUCCCAUCAUUGAACCGAAGGUGGCAUGCAUGCAGUUCCCAGGUCACCUCAUCGAAGCCUUGACCGGACCCAGACCUGCUUAGCUUCAACAUACAAAGUGGUCUCAUGUGCUCUCAGAUCAUACCCUGGGACUGUAUCAUUUGUAACUUAAAUGUGCAAAUUGCCCACUCCCAACUACUAUUUUCUAGAACAGUAUUGCUUAUGCAGAUUUGUUUCAAUCUGCAUUUGGGAAUUCAGCACUACCUUUCUUUUUUCUUAAAAAUAAUUUUUAUUAAUCAUUUUCUUUGGUUACGUACGUGCGGUAGAGUCUUUUUUUUUAAUAGAUCAGUUACAUUCGAAGUGUGUGAGGGGGUUGAUUUUUGGAUCAGGUUUGCCAUAUUAAUUCAUAUGCUGUCAGCGGAUUCUUGUUGUUGUCUUGUUGGGCUGUGUAUAUGAUGAAGAGGAACCAUACUGGGGUGAAGGCAUCCUCUUUUAAUUGUCCCCAGGUCAGUUGCAGCCUGCUGGUUAGCUUUUCUAGUAAGGGUGUUUCCCAUAUGAUUUAGUGCCAGCGAUCCAUGUUCACUCCUGACAGGUCUCUCCAGUGUCUGGCUAUGGUGCUUCUGGCUGCUGAGAAUAGGUGGGUUAUAAGCUCUUUAUAAUGUGAGUGGGCAUUAUAUUGGAAAAUGUUCAAUAGGGCCAGUUCUGGGGUGACUUCUAAUACCUGUUUAGUUAUUUUGUACAUUUAUUGUAGGACUGCUGCCCCAAAGGGUCGGAUUAUGGGGCAUUCCCACCAUAUGUGUAGGUAUGGGCCUGUAGAGGUGCAGUCUCUCCACCAUUUUGGGGAGGUUCCUGGGUGUAUCAGCACCAGUUUUGUGGCGUUAGGUACCAUCUGUAAGCAAGUUUCAAUGUGAUAUCCUUUAUUUUGGCUGAGAUGGCUUUAAAGGGAGCUGUAGACCACAUUCUAGUCCAUUGGAUAGGGUUCAUUUCAUAGCCUAUGUCAUGCUCUCAUUGUUUUUUGAUUGCAUUGAGGGGGUUUGUGGGAUUCCGAAGCAGUAUUUUGUAUAUUAUGGAUACCAAGCCCCUGCCAUAUUCCUCUGCUGCCAGGAGAAAGUUUUUGAAGGUGGUCAAGGGCCAAUGACUACUGAUUUUACUGUGGGAUUGUUUAAGAAAGUGUGCAAGUUGGUGGUGUGUUAACAAAGGUAUAUGAGUGUCCCCUAUUUUGUCUUGUAUUUCUUGUGUUGAUAUGGGUAUGUUAUUUUUGUAGGUGUUUUAGGUAAUAUAGGCCUUUGGCUUGCCAAGUCUUUAUUUGGAGGUUUUGUGCUGCAUGCUGGAAUAGUGGGUGAUGAGCCAGGGGGAUUAGUGGGGAUGGGAUUGGGGACAGUUUACCUAAUUUUUCAUGUGAACCUGCUUAGUGUUGUGGGGAUUUUCGUUAGUUUGUGUUGGAGAAAUGUGGUGGGGGUGUUUUCGAUUGUGCCUGUCUCCAAGUGAACCCAUUGUUUCGUUUUAUCUUCUAGGACAGGCAUAGGCAAACUCAGCCCUCCAGAUGUUUUGGGACUACACUUCCCAUCAACUCUGACCACUGGUCCUGUUAGCUAGGGAUCAUGGGAGUUGUAGUCCCAAAACAUCUGGAGGGCCGAUUUUGCCUAUGCCUGUUCUAGGAUGUAUAGCAUUGUGUGGAGCACUUAGUUGGCAAUGUAAUAUAAUUCUAUGUUGGGAAUUCCCCAUCCUCCUUCUGAGGAGGGAAGGCAGCACCAUCUUCCUUAUGCUUUGAAUAUCUCAAAACUUGUUUAUGCCCAUCAUGUAUCAUGAAGAAUUCUGUGAAGCUCAUAUAGCAACCUAAGUCUGACUAGCCAAAGAUGGCAUUUAACCUAUCACGUAUCUUCAGUUUUUGAAAAAGACUGCAGCCAGACUACCUACUGAGUUGAUAUUUUUUGUCUCGCACACCUUAGAUACCUUUUUGUUCCUCUUGCAGUUCAUCCUGUCCAGCUAUACUCCUUCAACUUAUGUACAAGAAGAGACAGAAUGCAAAAUUGUUAUUUUUUAACAUAUUUGUUCAUUUAUUUUUAAAUAAACUUCUUAAUAUUCUGACAUGCAACAUUUGGUGUGAUCUGAGCAGACAGGAAUAA